AUGGCUCGUGGCUGUGAAGGAGUUCUUUCUCAAUGGCUAACUUCUCAAAGAGGAUAUCAUCCUAGUGCUGGCUCCUCUAAGUGUUCUCUAAAGAUUAACCUCCACAAGGCUUAUGACUCUGUUAACUGGAACUUCAUUAUUGAUUGUCUCACAAUCCUGCAAUUCCCCAUAGUUUUUGUUCAGUGGGUUUUAGCAUGCAUCUCAUCUCCAUCUUUCUCUAUCUCUGUCAAUGGAGAGUUAGCUGGGUACUUCAAAGUUCUUAUUAAGGGUCUUCAUGAGUUCUCAUCCUUGUCUGGUUUGAAGCCUAACCUCACCAAGAGCCAAAUCUUUACUGCUAAUAUUCCUGAUGACAUCCAAGACGGCAUGGUUGCUUCCACUGGGUUUGAGGUUGGCCACCUGCCUCUCAAGUACUUGGGUCUAUCUAGAAGCAAUCUAUUUCUGCUCUACAGAUCAAACUGUGUUUUUCUGCUUGUAUCUACUAUAUCUGGAGAGAAAUUAAGGAACAAUCGCAUCUACUCCUCCAAUAGGGUCUCUGCAGAGGCGACGUGGAAGCUUGUGGAAGACAAUGUUCGGCAGCGAAUGUUGUCGUGCAAGUUUGAUAACUCCAGAACCUCAAGAUCUAUAGCUGUUGAUUGGAAAUUGCCAAGCUCUGUGAUGGCGUCCUCGUCUCAAACGAAUUAG